AUGGCGAUUCAGACUAUCCUGGUAAUCAACAGGUCCGGUGGACUAGUAUACCAGCGUGACUUCCUGCCGUCAGCAGCGAAAUUGACCAGUAAUGAGUACCUUAUUCUAGCAGGAACGCUGCAGGGUGUCGUGGCUAUUGCCAGUCAGAUCGCUCCUAAAUCGCUGCAAAUUUCGGCCAAACAAGGCGCAAAAACCGGCUCUGAACUGGGCGAUGCCACUCAGACAGUACCAUAUGUCGGCAGUCUGGGCUCCUCGGCAGCCUCAGCCGCCGACUUGGGCAGUUUUUUGGGUCCCGACUUCUUCAACGAGUCAUUCACCAGUUGGAACACCAAGGGUCUGAAACACGUGACUACUGAUCAAAACUCACUAUUCCUGUAUCAAACGCUGACCGGGCUCAAGUUUGUUGCUGUUAGCACCCAAAAUACGACCAAUGCAAUGGCCGUGUCUAUCGCCGAGAAUCUGCUCCGCAAGGCUUACUGUUUGUACGCUGACUACGUUAUGAAAAACCCGUUCUACGAGCCCGAAAUGCCGAUACGAUGUGAGCUCUUUGAUAAGAAAUUGGGUGAAUUGGUGGCGCAACUCUAA